UCUAGUCUUGCAAAUGUAGUGAAACCGAGCGGACGGAGUUCAUUUGCUCUAGAAGAGCAGAGAAGAAAGAGGGCAUUAAAUGAAAAGAAGCAGGAAAGCUCUGUAGCUCUCUUCCUGAUAGUAGCAGCGUUUGAGAGGUAAAAUGAUUCCUCCGAGCAGCACGACUGAAGUCAGCGUGGAUAGUGUGGAGAAAGAGAAUGAAGUGGAGCAGCCCCCAUCCCCAGCAUCAACUACAAGCCAGGAAUCAAAGCUGCAGAAGCUGAAACGAUCCCUCUCCUUCAAGACUAAAAGCUUGCGGAGUAAAAGCGCAGACAACUUCUUCCAGAGGACUAACAGCGAUGUGAAACUGCAAGUGGACUUGAUGCCCGAGGUGAGCACCAGCACUGGGCAGCUCCCCAGCUCGGAGAGCCAGGCCUCCUCCCCUACCAGAGCCCCGCAGCUCUCGGAGAACAGCAAGACUCACGUUUUCCAGGAGCACAUCUUCAAGAAGCCCACCUUCUGUGAUGUCUGCAACCACAUGAUCGUGGGGACAACUGCUAAGCAUGGACUGCGCUGCAAGGCUUGCAAGAUGAGCAUCCACCACAAGUGUGCAGACAGCAUUGGACAGCAGCGCUGCAUGGGCAAGCUGCCAAAGGGAUUUCGGCGGUACUACAGCUCACCACUGCUCAUUCAUGAACAGUUUGGCUGCAUCAAAGAAGUGAUGCCUAUUGCCUGUGGAAAUAAGGUUGACCCUGUGUAUGAAACUCUCCGCUUUGGGACUUCCUUAGCCCAGAAAACUAAAAAGAGCAGCUCUGGAAGUGGGUCUGACUCUCCCAACAGAAACUCUACAGCUGACCUGGCAGAAGUCCCUGAGGAAGGUGGUAGCUCGGCAGGCACCCUUGACAUAAGCAGGAAGCGCAGCAACAGCGUGUUUACAUACUCUGAAAACGGCACAGAACACUUUGGAGAAGAACCAAAAAGCCUCCAUUCCCCGGGACCAUUUUAUAAAAGCACGUUGCAAAUGAACACCUAUGUUGCCUUGUACAAAUUUGUACCACAGGAGAACGAAGACUUGGAGAUGAGGCCAGGAGAUAUGAUCACUCUUCUGGAAGACUCCAAUGAAGACUGGUGGAAGGGGAGAAUUGAUGACAGAACUGGAUUUUUUCCUGCUAACUUUGUUCAAAGAGUGCAGCACGAUGAGAAGAUUUACAGGUGUGUCAGGACUUUCAUUGGCUGCAAGGAGCAGGGACAGAUAACUCUGAAAGAGAACCAGAUCUGUGUGACUUCUGAGAAGGAACACGACGGCUUUAUCAAAGUAUACAGCGGGAAGAAGAAAGGCUUUGUCCCCAUAGAUGUCUUGGAAAACAUCUGACUUCAAGAGCUCCCUUGCUGCAGUAGGAGCCUUUUGUUGGCAAUGCCUGUCUGCCUCAUCUCUCACUGUGUCAACCCAGAUGGGCUGUCUUGAGGAUGUUCAGGGGAAGAGUGAGAAAACUGCAACUAC